AUGUCUUCCUCUGUGAGCUGGAUUCAUUUCUUCUACUUCAAUGAUCAAAGUCAUAGGAGUGACUUGCUGCACUACAACCUUCAGUUGAUGAACACCACCGUGAAUGCCUCUUUUUGUAUCGAUAUGAGAAAUCCGCCGGUACUUCUACUGAAAAACCUGCUGUGCCCGAUUGUGGUUUCAUUUUGGAUGAUCCCGUCCAUCAGGGCCAUGAAACUCCGAGAGCCCCUUUCUGAAUUUCAGCUUGCUUUUUUCGUCGGUGUGAUGUACUCUGUAAUUCUCAGUUGGUCAACGCUGCUCAUAACGUUUGUUCAUGGCGAUGGGCUGUCAUUUCCUGAAGGCAGGGAUGGGCAAGUGAUUGCCUUGAAUGCCAUGGAUUGCCACGUUUCUUUGCUGAUCAGGAACCUGUCGGAACCCGGGUUCGAGAAACAAAUCCGGGUGCAACCCGAUUCCAUUUUCGGAGUGGAUGUUACAGAGGGGAACAUGUAUGAGUUCCAAGGAUUUGCUUCCAGUUGUCCUGAGUUUAAACGGCUGGGAAAUCGUGUUCAUGGUUGGAGCAACAUUUUACAAGAGCAAAUUGAUCAGCAUCAGGUUCCUUCCCUUGUUGACUGCGGAUUUUUCAAUCCCUUGUAUCAGUGCUGA